ACUUUAAACUCAGUAAUAUCAACGUUUGCAUCUCUUGCAGGUUCAGCAAGAAGACGUAACAGAAAUAGAUAUUUUAGUAAAGGACCUGAGAGUACUUAGACAUUCAAACUACACUGUUCCUUUGAAAGAGAGCAUGCUGUAUUCCAUCCCAAGGGACAAUGACAUGUUAUUUACACUGCCCAACCUCUCAGGAAAAGAUAUUCAAGAUCCACUGCAAACUACCAGUCAGUACCUCAUCCGGCAAGUAGAGACUACAGUAGAUGAAGAGACAUUACCUGGCAAGUUACCAGAGACCCCUCUUAGGGUAGAACCUCCAUCUUCUUACAAGGUGAUGUGCCAGUGGGUGGAAGACUUGAGAAAAGGAUUGUGCAGAUUCUGGUUCCGAUCUUUACCCAUCUUGUUUAGUUUCAUGGAAGUUGUUGUCGUUGGAAUUGUUGGAGCAGCUCUUAUUAUCAAAGUCUUAAAGGUGAUUCUCCCUUCCUGUGAAAACAAAGGCAUCCUUCUCCUGGAUCAAGUCAGCUUUGUACCUGUGACUACCAUCAGCCUGCCUUCAGAUCUUCCAGACAGGAAAAAUACUUUAGAUGAGAAAGCCUGUACUUAAUACUGUAUUUACUUUGGAGUUACUGGUUUUUAAAAACACACUUUUAGUUGACCCGAAAUUUGGCACUUGAUCUUAAUAUUUCGUUUGUUUCCUACUAAGAAAACUAAGUCAGUUGAUUAAUUGAUAAAGGGCCACUCAGGCCGAGGCCCAAAGCUGACUUCCUUGUGCCUCUUUAUAAACAAGCAGCCUUUUCAGAAGCUUCAGAAUAGAACAGCUUUCCACCCUGAGGGCUACCACUGGUUUUAACUUCUGUGAAGUCACUUUUCCACACCUCGGACAGGAUGCUGGCUGCCUUCAUGCCCAUAGAUAAACCAGGUCAGUUGUCCUGAUUAGCGAGAUGAUGAAAUUCAGGGUGUCCUUCAGAAAAGGACUAGGGAGUAUUGUGAACAUCAGCUGUGCCAAAAGCCUAAGCAAAGCUGCCCAGCCUGGC